CUUUUUAAUUUAAUAUAAAUGAAAUAGUUUGGUUUAACAUAUCUGUUUCUCAAUUGAAAUAAGAGAUUCAGCUGAAAUAAGAGAAGCACUGCAUAUUAUUUAUAUUUUUUGUUAACAGAAAUAUUUGGCUUGAUAAAGAAAACUUUUUUAACUUUAAAAUCAUUGUUAAUUUUUUAUAGCAAUGCCGGCUUAUCAUUCGCAAAUUAAAGAAUUUUCUUCUGCUGUUGGUAAUAUGUCCAUACUGCCGCUACGCACUCAAUACAGAGGACCAGCGCCCAGUGUUCACAUAGACAAUGAUAUUAUAGAUGAAUCACUUUAUUAUUUUAAGGCCAACGUGUUCUUCAGAACAUAUGAAAUUAAGUCCGAAGUGGAUCGGGUCUUGAUAUAUAUAACGUUGUACAUAACUGAAUGCUUAAAGAAGCUGCAAAGGUGUGCCAAUAAGAAUCAAGGUCAACAAGAAAUGUAUAGUUUAGCAAUAUCGAAAUUCGAUAUCCCUGGUGAAGCUGGAUUUCCCUUAAAUGCUGUUUAUGCCAAACCACAGACAACUCAAGAUAUCGAUUUGAUGCGUCAAUAUUUAUUGCAAUUGCGUCAUGAGACAGGACAUCGUCUAUGUGAAAAAGUUUUUAAUACAGAGGACGGUAAACCUAAUAAAUGGUGGAUAUGUUUUGCUAAAAAGAAGUUUAUGGAAAAAUCAUUAUCUGGGCCUGGUCAAUAGUUUCACAUUUUCCAAGCAAGCUGUAUUUAAAGAACUUCCACUGAUAUUGAUUGAGAAAAGUAAAUAACGCAUUAAUCUACAACUAGUAAAGUGACACUAUCAUUGUUCCAAUAAUUUGAAAACGGUCCAUGUACUCUUUACAAGCUUGCCUAAGUUAAAAAAAGUGAUGUAUAGAAUGGACUUGGAAAGUUAAAUGCAAUUGCAAACGUUGCGGCCAUUAUUAAAAAUUUCCUUUCUUCGUACAGUAGCGUGAACUAUUUCUCAGCAGAAAAUUCUAACCGCGUAUCCUACGAAACAACCUUUCAAGUAUUUUAACC